UGUGGAGCUCGGCUGGCGCUCCCUCUCGGGCGUUGUGGUCCACCAAGGCAUCAUGAUCGCCUCCCUCUUCUUCGAUUGGAAAUUCGGCCUCUUCUAUGUCGUGUAUCCCUUUAUCGAAUCCGUCAUCUUCUUUGCUCUGAUUUCCUACCUCUGGCAUGCCUGGAUGGAUCCCAAUGAUCCCUCCAACGCCUAUGUCAACUCAGUGACCAUCCUUAACGGCAAGGAUAACAUUUGGAAUGAAGACUACCACGUCGUUCAUCACGUCAGCACUUGCCAUUGGACCGAGUACCCGGCUCAUUACGAGCGCAACAAAGCCAACUAUGCCGCUUCAAAGGCCACCAUCUUCCGUGACUGCGAGGAAGGCGAGCUGCUCCACUGGCUUCUCAGCAAACAAUGGGACGUUCUCGCCGAGCACUUUGUUGACCUCGAGGACAAGAUGACGCACGAACAGAAGAAGGCCCUCCUUCUUGAACGCUUGCGUGCUACCAUUUCAAAGGUGCCCGUUAAGAAGGACUAAAGCGCGCCCCUCACUCACAGAUCAACUAAUUCCUGGCUCAAAACGCUCCAUCCGUGUUUUGUUCUGAUCGCAUCUUGCCUUGAUCAUCAUCUCUUUUUUUUUCGUUUUCAUCUCAUGUGUUGUUGGGUUUUGUGCUCGUAUUCUGUUGGCCGCCUGCCUCGGCACCUCGCGACUUGUACAUUUUUCCUUCUUCUCCCCCGCUUGGCUCCUUUGUAUGUGUCAAGAUCAAGCGGUUGUUUGCGACAGCAAGAACGAGAAUAUGCACCACCAAGCAACAAUUCAACCUCAGUUGCCCU